AUGACCGAACAUAUCAAGAGAGCAAAAUGGUUCUUCUUCGACCUCGACGAUACUCUCCACGAAUUCCGCACAGCAUCUUCCGCCGCCGUCGACGCGAUACUCCAUCUCGUCAUAGAACAACACGUAAACCAUGAACAUCCUUCUGAUAGAUUGCUCACAGUCGCCGAGUUGAAGACGGAGUACAUCAAAAUCCUCAAAACCGGCACAUCCGCUGCAUUCGUGGAUGGAAAAACAAGCCACGAGUACCGUGCAGAGCGUUUCCAAAGUGUAAUAAACAUCUUUGGUCUUAACUGUACGAAGCAGCAGAUGCAGACGCUUCUCGACACCUACGAAAGUAUACUUAUGCAGAACAUGCAGCUCAAAGCAGGCGCAAUAUCACUACUGCAGAUACUUAAACAACAAGAGAAGAGCAUAGCUAUCAUAACCGAAGGCCCUCAAGAUGCGCAGGAACGUACUGUCGCCGCUUUGGGUCUAGAGCCGUAUUUCGACAGGCUGGUCACUACGAAUAAGCUUGGUGUGUCUAAAGUAGAUGGAUUAUUUGGUAAGGCAUUGAAACUUCUCGGUUUGAGGAGUGCGGACGUGGUGAUGGUAGGGGAUAGCUGGGAAAGAGAUAUUGUUCCUGCGUCUGAUGUGGGUAUAGAUUGUGUCUGGCUUACUGAGAAAGAGGGGGAUAUUGAGCGAUCUGUAAGCGUAAGAGGUGAAGAGAAGAGUAUGGUUGUGGUGAAUUCGUUGUCUAGGUUGCAGACUAUAGUAGAGGGGACUGAGACGCCUCAGGCGAUACGCCAUGUGGGUUCACACCAGUUUUAA